ACACCUCACAGGACUCCGGACCUUCUGAGGAGUCUUUUCUCACGUCCCCUCCUCCUCCCCUCCCAGAGGCACUGAACAUUUUCAUCUAAAAACCGUCUCCUGCUGGACUGUCUCAGACGUUUUUAAGCAGGGUCGACAGCUUCACAAGAUGAUUCUUAUUCUGAUUGGAUGUCUGGCGGCCGGUUUGCUGCAGCCAGCACAAGCUGCUGGGUGCAACAGAAUCAUGUGUUAUCACACUAACUGGUCUCAGUACCGCCGGGAUAACGCCAAGUUCCUCCCACAAAACAUUGACCCCUCCCUCUGCACCCACGUCAUCUAUGCCUUCGCCAAAAUCAGCGGCAACCACUUGGCUCCCUUUGAAUUCAACGAUGACAGCACUGACUGGAGCGCCGGGAUGUACCAACAGUUUGUGAACCUGAAACAGAAAAACGCGCACUUAAAGACCAUGCUAGCAGUAGGAGGGGGGAGUCUGGGUUCCGGACCCUUCAGCCAAAUCGUGGGAUCCCCUAGCAACAGAAAAGACUUCAUCGCACAAUCUAUUUCUUAUCUACGUAAGCACGGCUUUGACGGCCUCGACCUGGACUGGGAAUUCCCUGCCAGUGGUGGGAGUCCCCCCCAGGACAAACAGCACUUCACGGAGCUCGUGACGGAAAUGAGACAAGCUUUCGAGGCUGAGGCUCGCACUUCAGGAAAAAGUCGUUUGCUCUUGUCAGCCGCUGUGUCUGGUGGGAAGGAAACUGUUGAUUCAGCCUACGAUGUACCUGCCAUCGCCAAAGCGCUGGACUUCAUCAACCUGAUGACAUACGACUUUCAUGGUUCCUGGGAGUCUAAUGCGGGUCACAACAGUCCCUUGUAUCCUCGUGGCGGUGAGAGUGGUUGGCAGCGCCAACUCAAUGUGGACUGGGCGGCUCGCUACUGGGUUCAGAAGGGCGCACCCAAGGACAAGCUGAACAUCGGCAUGGGUCUGUACGGGCGGUCAUUCACCCUGGCCAGCGCCUCCAACCACCAGCCCGGCGCCCCGGCUCCGCACCCCGGACAGCCAGGACCAUUCACAGGGGACGGUGGGGUGCUCGCCUACUACGAGGUUUGUGACAUGCUGAAAGCUGGGGCCACACGAGUGUUCAUAGCAGACCAGCAGGUCCCGUACGCUUACCAUGGGACACAAUGGGUCGGCUAUGAUGACCCUGAGAGUCUCAGGGACAAGGUGCGCUACGUGAAGCAAAAUGGCUACGGCGGCGUGAUGGUGUGGGAACUGUCUAUGGAUGACUUCACUGGCGCCCACUGCAACAACGGUCACUUCCCCUUGAUGCACGCCAUCAACUCGGAGUGUGGGCAGUCUACUGUACCCGUGGUCACAAGAGCCCCAAGUACAACAGCUCACCCAGUGCAGCACACGACACAUGCAACAGUCGUCACAACCCAGAAAAGUAGCAGCUCGGGUCACAACACUGCCGUGACCUGCAGCAACAAGGCUGACGGCUUCUACACCAGCCCGCGCUCCUGCAGCGAGUACAUCACUUGCGCCGCCGGCAUCGCCUACGUCAUCAAGUGUGGCCAGGGCUUGGUGUACAACGCCAACCUGCACGUCUGCGACUGGCCCGCCAACUACCACUGCACUUUUCUGGUAAUGCAGUUCAAAAGCGAGCGGAGGAGGGUACCGCACACUUUGAAGACGACAAUGAUGAUUCUGAUCAUUGGACUCGUGGCAGCCGCCAUGCUGCACUCAGCACAAGGUGACGGCUGUAACCGAAUCGUGUGUUACACCACCAACUGGUCCCAGUACCGGCCUGGCAGCGGCAAGUUCAUGCCAGAAAACAUCGACCCCUCCCUGUGCACUCACAUGAUCUACGCCUUCGCCAAACUCAGCGGCAACCAGUUGGCGGCCUUCGAGUGGAACGACGACAGCACGGACUGGAGUGUGGGGCUGUACCAGAAGUUUAUGAACCUGAAGCAGAAGAACCCGAACGUGAAGACCAUGUUGGCGGUCGGAGGAUGGAACCUCGGCUCCGCCCCUUUUACCCAAAUCGCGGGGUCGCCUGGCAACCGGAAAGCCUUCAUCACGCAGGCCAUCUCCUUCCUGCGCCAACGUGGCUUUGACGGCCUUGACCUUGACUGGGAGUAUCCAGCCAACCGCGGGAGUCCUCAGGACAGACAGCACUUCACGGAGCUCGUUACUGAAAUAAGACAAGCCUUUGAAGAAGAAGGUCGUAGUUCAGGCAAGGGUCGCCUGCUGCUGUCCGCUGCGGUGGCUGCUGGGAAGGACAACGUCGACACUGCUUACGACGUGCCAGCAGUCUCAAAGCAGGUGGACUUUAUCAACCUGAUGACCUACGACCUGCACGGGUCCUGGGAGACCUUCACUGGCCACAACAGCCCUCUGUACGCUCGAGGCGAUGAGACAGGUGCACAGCGCAACCUCAAUGUGGACUGGGCGGCUCGCUACUGGGUUCAGAAGGGCGCACCCAAGGACAAGCUGAACAUCGGCAUGGGUCUGUACGGGCGGUCAUUCACCCUGGCCAGCGCCUCCAACCACCAGCCCGGCGCCCCGGCUCCUCGAGGAGGUCAAGCAGGCGAAUACACACGGGAGGCAGGCUUCAUCGCCUACUACGAGGUGUGCGACAUGAUCAAAAAAGGAGCCACGAAAGAGUACAUCGCCGAUCAGCAGGUGCCCUACAUUCAUCAGGACACUCAGUGGGUGGGCUACGACGACCCAGACAGCCUGAAGAAGAAGGUGCGCUACGUCAAGCAGAACGGUUUCGGCGGUGUCAUGGUGUGGGCCCUGCCCCUGGACGACUUCUCUGGCACCCACUGCAACCAGGGGCCUUCCCCCUCAUGCACGCCAUCAAUUCUGAGUGUGGACACACCAGCGGAGACCUCUACAGCUCAAAGCCACCCUGUGGAGCGUGUGGACGAUGGCAGCUGCAGCAACAAGGCCGACGGUUUCUACGCCAGCUCUCGCUCGUGCAAGGACUACAUCAUCUGCGCCGGUGGAGCCGCCUACUCCGUGCACUGCGCCGAGGGACUUGUCUUCAACGCCAACUCCGGCAUCUGCGACUGGCCGGCCAACUACCACUGCACCCUCGGGGACGCUCCCGUGGGUCAUGCCACUACCCCCGGGGCAGUGCAGCAGCACACCACACGGGCGCCAUCUGGAAGUGUUGACAUAGACAACUUCUGCCAAGGCAAGACUGACGGGAUACAAGCAGAUCCCACAGACUGCGCUUUCUUCUUUGACUGUGCCAACGGUCGCACCUUCAGAGAGAGCUGUGCUCCGGGUACAGUGUUCAACCCCGCCAUCAGCAACUGCGACAUGCCCGACGCCAUGUCACGGCUGCUUCUCCCGGGUUUUCUCGUCUUGGCAUUGACCUCCCUGACACAGGGUGAUUCCUGUGGGAAAAUCGUGUGUUACACCACCAACUGGUCCCAGUACCGGCCUGGCAGCGGCAAGUUCAUGCCAGACAACAUCGACCCCUCCCUGUGCACUCACAUCAUCUACGCCUUCGCCAAACUCAUCGGCAACCACUUGGCUCCUUACGAGUGGAACGACGACAGCACGGACUGGAGUGUGGGGCUAUACGAAAGAUUCAACCGAUUGAAGAACCUCAACCCCGCUCUAAAGACAUUGCUUGCCGUGGGAGGUUGGAAUGGGUCGGAGCCUUUCAGCAGGAUCGUGCAGUCGCCUAGCAACCGCCGCGAGUUCAUCACACAGUCCAUCGACUUCCUGCGCCAGCGCAACUUUGACGGCCUGGACCUGGACUGGGAGUACCCGGCCAACCGUGGCAGCCCUCCAGAGGACAGAGACCACUUCACGGCUCUUGUCAGGGAAUUCAGAGAAGCCUUUGAGGCGGAGGCUGCGAGUACAGGAAAGCCUCGGCUUCUGCUCACGGCCGCAGUGGCUGCUGGGAAGAGCACCAUUGACACAGCGUACGACGUCCCAGCCAUUGCCAGAGAUUUCGACUUCCUCAACUUGAUGUCAUACGACCUGCACGGCGCCUGGGAAACGAAGACCGGGUUAAACAGUCCCCUGUACCCACGGAGUGAUGAGACAGGCGACGAUAGGUACUUGAAUUUGGAUUUCGCCGCACAGUACUGGGUGCAGAAGGGAGCGCCGAAGGAAAAGCUUAUCAUUGGGAUGGGGCUGUAUGGUCGCUCCUUCACCCUGGCCAGCCCCACCGACACAGGAGUGGGGGCCCCUGCACCACGCGCGGGAACUGCUGGAGAGUACACGAGGGAAGCCGGAUUCAAGUCUUACUAUGAGAUCUGCAAUAUGAAAACCAGAGGAGGCACGGUAGUGUUCCACGAGGAACACCGCGCUCCAUACAUGUACCUCGGCGACCAGUGGGUGGGCUUCGACCAUCAGAUCAGCCUUCGAGAAAAGGUCCGUUACGUCAAGCAGAACGCCUUUGGUGGAGCGAUGGUGUGGGCCCUGCCUCUGGACGACUUCAAGGGCGAUCACUGCAACCAAGGCCCCUUCCCUCUCCUGACCGCCAUCAACCAGGAGUGCGGACGCAGCACAGGCACACUACCAACAGCUGCGCCUCCUGGAACAACCGGCCGCACCACAGUUCGCCCCAACACAAACACUCCUGCAAGCAGUGGUUCCUGUGGGAAAAUCGUGUGUUACACCACCAACUGGUCCCAGUACCGGCCUGGCAGCGGCAAGUUCAUGCCAGACGACAUCGACCUCCUGUGCACUCACUUGAUCUACGCCUUCGCCAAACUCACCGGCAACCACCUGGCUCCCUUCGAGUGGAACGACGACAGCACGACAUGGAGUAUCGGGCUAUACGAAAGAUUCAACCAAUUGAAGAACCUCAACCCCGCUCUAAAGACAUUGCUUGCCGUGGGAGGUUGGAACAUGGGGUCGGAGCCUUUCACCCAGAUCGUGCAGUCGCCUAGCAACCGCAAAGAGUUCAUCACACAGUCCAUCGAGUUCCUGCGCCAGCGCAACUUUGACGGCCUGGACCUGGACUGGGAGUACCCGGCCAACCGUGGCAGCCCUCCAGAGGACAGAAACCGCUUCACGGCUCUUGUGAAGGAACUCAAAGAAGCCUAUGAGGCGGAGGCUAAGAGAACAGGAAAGCCUCGGCUUCUGCUCACGGCCGCAGUGGCUGCUGGGAAGAGCACCAUUGACACAGCGUACGACGUCCCAGCCAUUGCCAGAGAUUUGGACUUCAUCAACUUGAUGUCAUACGACCUGCACGGCUCUUGGGAAAAGACGACCGGGUUCAACAGUCCCCUGUACCCACGGAGUGAUGAGACAGGCGAGGAUAGGAACUUGAAUUUGGAUUUCGCUGCGAAGUACUGGGUGCAGAAGGGAGCGCCGAAGGAAAAGCUUAUCAUUGGGAUGGGGCUGUAUGGUCGCUCCUUCACCCUGGCCACCCGCACCGCCACAGGAGUGGGGGCCCCUGCCGUAGGCGCGGGAACUGCCGGAAUGUUCACGAGGGAAGACGGAUUCAACUCUUUCUAUGAGAUCUGCAAUAUGAAAACCAAAGGAGGAACGGUAAUGUACCACGAGGAACACCGCGCUCCAUACAUCUACCUCGGCAACCAGUGGGUGGGCUUCGACCAUCAGAUCAGCCUUCGAGAAAAGGUCCGUUACGUCAAGGAGCACGGCUUUGGUGGAGCGAUGGUGUGGGCCCUGCCUCUGGACGACUUCAAGGGCGAACACUGCAGCCAGGGUCCCUACCCUCUCCUGACCGCCAUCAACCAGGAGUGCGGACACAGCACAGGCACACUACCAACAGCUGCGCCUCCUGAAACAACCGGCCGCACCACAGUUCGCCCCAACACAAACACUCCUCCAGACACCACCACGUACCGCUCGACAACCCCACGUGCUCCCGUACACGGAGACUCUACGAACUGCAAGGGUCUGCCUGAUGGCUUCUACCCGGUUUCCGGCUCGUGCCGUGCGUACUUCGUGUGUGUUUUUGGAAACACCUACUCCUUCGAGUGUCCCGUCGGGCUCGUCUUCGAUCCUCGCAUGUCAAGUUGCAACUGGUCCUACGUGUACGAGUGCACCAUCGGAGAUGCUCCAGCAGAGGCUGCAACCUCAGGUCCAGCAGAGGCUUCACCCUCAGCUCCAACAAGGCCUCCAACCUCAGGUCCAUCAGGGGCUACAACAUCAGCUCCAAACGUGCUAAACGACUGCAAACACUUGCCCGAGGGAAUUCGGGAAGAUCCCACAGACUGUAAGUUCUACAUCCAGUGCGCCAACGGCUUUGGCUGGCGCAGGCCUUGUCCUCCCGGCACGGUGUUCAACGCCGCCAUCACCAGCUGCGAUGCGCCAUACAAUGUCCCUUCCUGCAGUUCGGCGGGUUGAGCGAGGUUUGUCACCAUUCUCUCAAUGGCGUGUAUCCGGACCCAAAUGACUGCGACUACUACAUCCACUGUCUCAAUGGCGAAGCCCACCGACACUAUUGUUUGCACAACUCAGUCUUCAACCCUUCCAAGGGUUUCUGUGAUCUACGUGAGAAUGUACCAGCCUGUCUUUGAACACUCUGUCAACUUCCAUGCAAAAAAUGUCACACAUCGGAUGGGAUACGAUGGACAUGCCUGCUAUAUCCACAAGUCCAAGAGUUGCCUCUGAAAAUAAACCUGUCAAUGAAAGUAUAAA